GCGCUACGCGACGCGGGCCGGUUUCUCCAGCGUGUGGCGCCUCCUGGCGGUAGCCGGGCUUCGAUGCCACGGCCUGACCGGAGUGUCCGCCAUGGAGUCGCAGAAAGAGGCGCGAAUACUCCAGGAGCCCGUGGCGCGGCCUCCUGGGGCCUCAAGGUCUCAGACGCCGAACGCCAAGGAGCGGCAGGAGGGCGGCCCAGUGCCGGCGGCGGCUGCCCUGGGUGCAGAGGCGGACGACGACAGUGCGGACGGGCUGUGGGAGCUGCCGGUGGAGCCGGCCAAACGGAGGCCCGAAUGCAGCCGCUGCAGCCGGCCUCAGAAAGUGUGUUUGUGUCCAUUUCUCCCAGCGCACCCUCUGCAUAUCUCUACCCACUUGUACAUAAUUCAGCAUCCAGCAGAGGAAAACAAAGUGUUGCGUACAGUUCCUCUACUAGCAGCAUGCCUCCCCCAGGACAAGUGUAAAGUAAAGAUUGGUCGUCGCUUCAGUGAAGAAAGAGAUUCUGAACUUUCAACUGUUUGCCGGAAGUCUGGUACAUUAAUAUUAUAUCCGGGGGCUGAAGCUGCUAAUUUGGAAGAAUUUAUAUUAGAUUCUCCUGUUUAUCCUUCUACAAUCAUCAUCAUUGAUGGUACAUGGAGCCAGGCUAAGGACAUUUUCUAUAAGAAUUCCUUGUUCCGACAUCCCAAACAGGUGCAGUUAAAAACUAGCAUUUCUAGUCAGUAUGUAAUUCGGAUGCAACCGACUAAUAGAUGCCUUUCUACAUUGGAGUGUGCAGCUGUUGCUCUUUCCAUCUUGGAGAAAAAUAAUUACAUACAAGAGACUUUGCUUCGCCCUCUUCAAGCUUUAUGCUCUUUUCAACUUCAGCAUGGUGCCCAAAUUCGCCUCAGCAAGGAACACCUUCUGAAAAAUGGAUUAUAUCCUAAACCAAUGCCAAAGAACAAACGCAAACUCAGGAAAAUGGAAUUGUUAAUGAAUAGUGUUAAAAUUUAGUACAGUUAUUCUUUUGGUGCUAGCUUACCUGUCUUCAUCUAACAAUACCAAGUUAAGUUUUCAUAUAGUUUAGGUCUGUAGGUUUUUGACUUGCUGAAGAAGAAUGAGAAUUGCAUACUAAUCUUACCCAGAAGAAGGAAGUAAACCAAAUAUUCAUAAAAACAAAUAAACAAAAAUUCACUGGCUCACUGAAAAGCAGGAUUACAUAUUGUACUUGUUUUUAAAAAUGUGCCCCUAAUACAUGUUUUCAAACCCAAAAUUAAAAUGUGAUUCGUUGUUGAGAUGGGUUAGAAAUUCUUACUUGUAAAGUAGAAGAAAAUUGUCAUAGUGGA